CAACUUUCUUUAUUCUGGUUUCUGUUGCCAACUGCUUUGAAGGUGCUUUGAAAAGUAAUUAAAAUAACUACUCAGUUUAAAAUUAUUCUUAGUUUUGAAAAAUAAAUAUUCUGCAAUCUGGUGUCAUCAGAAAUAUUUGUUGUUGAAAAUGUGAACAAAAAUCCACAGUUUUUGCCUUUGUUUUGCUUCUUACUCUGAUCAACAUUUCAGCAGGUCAUUAACUGGAGUUUCCACCUUUGCUGUUUGCUCAUUUUACCCAAACUUUAUAACAAAACUUCACACAAUCCUACUUGGCUGACCUUUAAAAUCCUCACCUAAAAUUUUCCCUGACACUUUUAGCAUUUGUUUCAGACAAAAUUAAAAAAAAACUAUGAGAAAGCUAAAAUACAGAUUUUGGUUUAUUUAUGUUUAUUUUAAGAAGGUAAGUUGGUAUACCUCCUUUAAAAAAGUAUUUCAUUUCUGUAAUUUACACCUUGAAUAUUUGUGUCCAAUCGAAAAAGAAAUUAAAAAUGUGAUUUUUUAAUUUCUUUUUUUUUCUUGAUUGAAAACAAUUAAAAGCGACUCCUUUAGACCCUCUCAUCUCCUCAGUGCUGUCUGGCAGCCGUAAGUCGAGUAUACAGUACUAUGUGACCGCUGAUAUUACUGUGGUACAUGAAAUAUUUAGCAGCACUGGGACUCCACAUAAACACAUCUUCAGUGGAACGCCAUGGUUUCACGCCAUAUCACAAACAUUUUAGGGCAUCAAAUGCACCGCCUGUCGUGGACUGUCAUUUUUGGCGUGUUAAUAAUAAAUCCGGUCUCUGCCGCAGACAUACUUUGGCACUCACCGCCCAUUAAUAGGUAAAUACGGCGGAUAAAUAGGUAAAUAACGCAACCGAUGUCGCUGAGAAUACUCCACAAUAAUAGUAGUAGUAUUCUGGAGAACACACCUUUGUUGUUGAUUGUUUUCUGUUAUUUCUGUCCCGGUGUGUGAAGUAAAUCAGAAACCCACAUGCUGUAAUCAAAUAAAGGCCCGUGUCACACCACAUAUACAUCACUUUUUGCGCACAGCCCUUCUCAGAUUGUUCUAAUUAAGAGCCGUCUAAUUAAAUUACAACCUCGAGUUAACCAAUGGCAGCACUUGUUUCAUUAGCAGCAGGCAGAGUGAUGGGAGGAAAAUCCUUCCUGAUUGCAGCCUGGUGUCAAUUGGCUAAUUUGCUGCCUUUGGAACCUCAAGUCAUCGCCAGGCGUUUUCAUAGUGUUACAUUAGGAAAGGCGCGCGCAAAAGCCCGUGCUAUAGGUUGAGCUAAUAGUGGCGUCCUGUCGAGAUAUGCAGGUGGAGAAUUGCAUCUCGCCGGCGGCUGAUCUCUCCAAGAAAUUUAUGAAUGUGGGCAGUGGCUUUUCGAGCUCCGAUGGAUCAGAGCUGGCUCUGCAGGACCAUCCUAUUAUAUCUGCAAGUGACAACCUGGAGAGAAGUUCACCUCUGAAAAAAAACUCCAGGGAGAUGACGAAUCAGUCAGAGGCAGACAAUUUUCCCGACUCCAAGGACGCGUCAGGGGACGUCCAGAGGGGCAAACUCUCUCCUGGUCUACACGGAGUCACUGACAUCCGUCACAAUUUCGAUGUAUCUGCAGGAGAAAGGUGCAUCUUUUCUCCGUCCACGCAACCGCAGCCAGUCUCAGCGACUCCCAGUGCCAUGUUUCCCUACCCGAGCCAGCACGGACCGGCGCACCCGGCUUUUUCCAUCGGAAGUCCCAGCCGCUACAUGGCCCAUCAUCCGGUCAUCACGAAUGGAGCUUACAACAGUCUGCUGACCAACACUUCCCCUCAAGGCUACCCGACCGCGGGCUACCCUUACGCACAGCAGUACGGACACACGUACCAGGGAGGCGCUUUUUACCAGUUCUCCUCCGCGCAGGCAGGACUGGUUCCAGGGAAGGCGCAGGUUUAUCUGUGCAACAGGGCCCUGUGGCUGAAGUUCCACAGACACCAGACUGAGAUGAUCAUCACCAAACAAGGAAGGCGGAUGUUUCCAUUUUUGAGCUUUAACAUCUCUGGCCUUGAUCCAACUGCGCACUACAACAUUUUUGUGGACGUAAUUCUCGCUGAUCCAAACCACUGGCGCUUCCAGGGAGGCAAAUGGGUGCCGUGUGGGAAAGCAGACACAAAUGUAGUAGGAAACAGGGUUUACAUGCACCCGGACUCUCCAAACACGGGUGCGCACUGGAUGCGUCAGGAAAUAUCAUUUGGGAAACUGAAGCUGACAAACAACAAAGGCGCCUCGAACAACACAGGACAGAUGGUUGUUCUCCAGUCUCUCCAUAAAUACCAGCCCAGGCUCCAUGUGGUGGAAGUAAACGAGGACGGGACAGAGGACAGCAGCCAACCAGGCAGAGUCCAGACUUUCACCUUCACAGAGACGCAGUUCGUCGCCGUCACCGCGUAUCAGAACACGGACAUUACACAGCUGAAAAUCGACCACAAUCCGUUUGCCAAAGGAUUUCGAGACAACUAUGACACUGUCUACACAGGCUGCGACAUCGACCGCCUCACUCCAUCACCGGGUGACUCUCCGCGUUCACAGAUCGUGCCUGGUGCCAGAUAUGCCAUGCACAGCUCUUUACUGCAGGACCAAUUUGUCAGCACUUAUGCCAAGUCUCGCUUUCACCCUGGCGUGGGGAGCGCUCCUGGCACGGAGCGCAGCGUCCCACUCGGCAACAGCUUGCUGUCCCCGCAGCAAAGCGAGGAGCCCACUGUUGCCACCCCCCCGCAGCGAUGGUUUGUCACCCCUGCCAACAACCGACUGGACUUUGCAGCCUCGGCAUACGACGCAGCGGAUUUCGCCGGUAACGCCGCCACCUUGCUCUCCUACGCAGCGGCCGGAGUGAAGGCGCUCCCCCUGUCGACCGCUGGCUGCUCCCAGCGGCCUCUGGGCUAUUACGCGGACCCGUCAGGCUGGGGAGGACGCACUCCGCCGCAGUACUGUGGCGUCAACAGCAAACCCAGCUCGGUCUUUUCCUGCUGGCCCUCCAACUCUAUCGGAGCGAGGGCCUGCACCAACUACCUGACGGAGGAAGGUGACUCCAUCCCCACGGAGAGGUCGCCCAUCGCCGCCACGGAGGAGGCCAAACCGAAGGACCUGACCUCCGAGUCGAGUUGGAUAGAGACGCCGUCCUCCAUCAAAUCCAUCGACUCCAGCGAUUCUGGAAUCUUUGAGCAGGCCAAGAGGAGGAGAAUCUCACCUUCUGCCACGCCGGUUCCAGAGACAGUGUCUCCGCUAAAGUCUGAGCUGCUGGCGCCAAGGGAGUGUGAGAAGAACUGCACAAAAGACAUUGGAUAUUAUAGUUUCUACCCUCACAGUUAAAUAAAUACUCCAAAAAACAAAACAAAAAUCUAUCUAUCUAUCUCUCUAUCUAUCUAUCUAACUAUCUAUCUAUCCAUCCAUCCUACAACCAUCAUCUAAAUACAACAUUAAUUAUUGCCACCUCCUAAAAAUGGCCAAAGUGUACAUUUCUCCACCCUCCACCGUCCAGGCCUGGAUUCUCUGGGUCAGACUCUGACUUUUUCCCCCUUGUAAAUAUCAACACAUUGUGCAUACGGUAUAAUACGGGACUUUUGGUGGUAGUGAUUGGAUGUCCACACGGGGUAGAUGACGUCUAAUCCUAGUGUUUGAAAAGAAAACAACGCCUCAUCUCUUGUUAAAGUAGCCUUUAACUGUUAGAUUAAAACAUGUAAAUGAUAAUAUUGAGGACUAUGUACAGUAGGACGUUCGUGUGUAGCAUACACUGGCAAAAUAACCCACUGUCAGUGACGAAACAGUGUAUUUUGUACCUGACGAAGGGGCAACCAAAAGAUUAUGACGUCACGGAGGUCACUGCUACAUCCGUACCAGAUAGAUGUAGGUAAAACUGUUAUAAAUGUUGUUACUGUAUAGACAUGGGUUCUGAUUUAUAUUUUAUUUAUUUAUCCUCGACUGAGUUGUUCAUUUCAGAACGUUAUUUUUCAUAUAGCUAUGCUGUCGUGCAACUUCCUGUAUCUGCUGUAACGUGAUUGAAACGAAAUAAACGAUGCUAUCGUCCGUGAUGUU